CCAAGGGUUAAGCGAGGCGGGAGCCCCCGGCGCGCAGCGGCUCGGGCCCGGGAAUGCUUAGUCAGGAUUCCGAUUUCCUGUCGAAGUGUUUGGAUUUCCUGAAACCCGCGCCCUCCGCCGCUGAGCGGGAUCGUGCGAGCAGCUCGCGUCGCCGCGGCCUCCUCCCCCUCGGCACAUGGUCGCCCGCCCCUUCCUGCGCCGCGCUCGGCUCCCGCGCCUCGCCUGGCCUGGCCCUUCGCCGCCGCGGGCGAGCUCUCUGCGCCGGGCAGCCCCGGGCCCGCGCUUCCCGCUCCGCCGGCGCCUCUAGGUCGCCGUUCGCUUUCCCACCCGAGAGCCUCGAGCGCCCGGCCGAGCCCGCGAUGGAAUAAUGCCCAGCGGCCCGCCCGGUCCCGGUCAUUUUCUGAUGUGACGGCUGAGACAUGAGAUCUUCAGCCUCCAGGCUCUCCAGUUUUUCGUCGAGAGAUUCACUAUGGAAUCGGAUGCCGGACCAGAUCUCUGUCUCGGAGUUCAUCGCCGAGACCACCGAAGACUACAACUCGCCCACCACGUCCAGCUUCACCACGCGGCUGCACAACUGCAGGAACACCGUCACCCUGCUGGAGGAGGCUCUAGACCAAGAUAGAACAGCCCUUCAGAAAGUGAAGAAGUCUGUGAAAGCAAUAUAUAAUUCUGGUCAAGAUCAUGUACAAAAUGAAGAAAACUAUGCACAAGUUCUUGAUAAGUUUGGGAGUAAUUUUUUAAGUCGAGACAACCCUGACCUUGGCACCGCGUUUGUCAAGUUUUCUACUCUUACAAAGGAACUGUCCACACUGCUGAAAAAUCUGCUCCAGGGCCUGAGCCACAAUGUGAUCUUCACCUUGGAUUCCUUGUUAAAAGGAGACCUAAAAGGAGUCAAAGGAGAUCUCAAGAAGCCAUUUGACAAAGCCUGGAAAGAUUAUGAGACAAAGUUUACAAAAAUUGAGAAAGAGAAAAGAGAGCAUGCAAAACAACAUGGGAUGAUCCGCACAGAGAUAACAGGAGCAGAGAUUGCAGAAGAAAUGGAGAAGGAAAGGCGCCUCUUCCAGCUCCAAAUGUGUGAAUAUCUCAUUAAAGUUAAUGAAAUCAAGACCAAAAAGGGUGUGGAUCUGCUGCAGAAUCUUAUAAAGUAUUACCAUGCACAGUGCAAUUUCUUUCAAGAUGGCUUGAAAACAGCUGAUAAGUUGAAACAAUACAUUGAAAAACUGGCUGCUGAUUUAUAUAAUAUAAAGCAGACCCAGGAUGAAGAAAAGAAACAGCUAACUGCUCUCCGAGACUUAAUAAAAUCUUCUCUUCAACUUGAUCAGAAAGAAUCUAGGAGAGAUUCGCAGAGCCGACAAGGAGGAUACAGCAUGCAUCAGCUCCAGGGCAAUAAGGAAUAUGGCAGUGAAAAGAAGGGGUACCUGCUAAAGAAAAGUGAUGGGAUCCGGAAAGUAUGGCAGAGGAGAAAGUGUUCUGUCAAGAAUGGGAUUCUGACUAUCUCACAUGCCACAUCUAACAGGCAACCAGCUAAGUUGAACCUUCUCACCUGCCAAGUAAAACCUAACGCCGAAGACAAAAAAUCUUUUGACUUGAUAUCACAUAAUAGAACAUAUCACUUUCAGGCAGAAGAUGAGCAGGACUAUGUAGCAUGGAUAUCAGUAUUGACAAAUAGCAAAGAAGAGGCCCUAACCAUGGCCUUCCGUGGAGAGCAGAGUGCGGGAGAGAACAGCCUGGAAGACCUGACAAAAGCCAUUAUUGAGGAUGUCCAGCGGCUCCCAGGAAAUGACAUUUGCUGCGAUUGUGGCUCAUCAGAACCUACCUGGCUUUCAACCAAUUUGGGUAUUUUGACCUGUAUAGAAUGUUCCGGCAUCCAUAGGGAAAUGGGGGUUCAUAUUUCUCGCAUUCAGUCUUUGGAACUAGACAAAUUAGGAACUUCUGAACUCUUGCUGGCCAAGAAUGUAGGAAACAAUAGUUUUAAUGAUAUUAUGGAAGCAAAUUUACCCAGCCCCUCACCAAAACCAACGCCUUCAAGUGAUAUGACUGUACGAAAAGAAUAUAUCACUGCGAAGUAUGUAGAUCAUAGGUUUUCAAGGAAGACCUGUUCAACUUCAUCAGCUAAACUAAAUGAAUUGCUUGAGGCCAUCAAAUCCAGGGAUUUACUUGCACUAAUUCAAGUCUAUGCAGAGGGGGUAGAGCUAAUGGAACCACUGCUAGAACCUGGGCAGGAGCUUGGGGAGACAGCCCUUCACCUUGCCGUCCGAACUGCAGACCAGACAUCGCUCCAUUUGGUUGAUUUCCUUGUACAAAACUGUGGGAACCUGGAUAAGCAGACGGCCUUGGGAAAUACAGUUCUACACUACUGUAGUAUGUACAGUAAACCUGAAUGUUUGAAGCUUCUGCUCAGGAGCAAGCCCACUGUGGAUAUAGUUAACCAGGCUGGAGAAACUGCCCUAGACAUAGCAAAGAGACUAAAAGCUACUCAGUGUGAAGAUCUGCUUUCUCAGGCUAAAUCUGGAAAGUUCAAUCCACAUGUCCACGUAGAGUAUGAGUGGAAUCUUCGACAGGAGGAGAUGGAUGAAAGUGAUGAUGAUCUGGAUGACAAACCAAGCCCCAUCAAGAAAGAGCGCUCACCCAGACCUCAGAGCUUCUGCCACUCCUCCAGUAUCUCCCCCCAGGACAAGCUGGCACUGCCAGGAUUCAGCACUCCAAGGGACAAACAGCGGCUCUCCUAUGGAGCUUUCACCAACCAGAUCUUCGUCUCCACAAGCACAGACUCGCCCACAUCACCAACUGCGGAGGCUCCCCCUCUGCCUCCUAGAAACGCCGGGAAAGGUCCAACUGGCCCACCUUCAACACUCCCUCUAAGCACCCAGACCUCUAGUGGCAGCUCCACCCUAUCCAAGAAGAGGCCUCCUCCCCCACCACCCGGACACAAGAGAACCCUAUCCGAUCCUCCCAGCCCUCUACCUCAUGGGCCCCCAAACAAAGGCGCAGUUCCUUGGGGUAACGAUGUGGGUCCAUCAUCUUCAAGUAAGACCACAAACAAGUUUGAGGGGCUAUCCCAGCAGUCAAGCACCAGUUCUGCAAAGACUGCCCUUGGCCCAAGAGUUCUUCCUAAACUACCUCAGAAAGUGGCACUAAGGAAAACAGAUCAUCUCUCCGUAGACAAAGCCAAUAUCCCACCUGAAAUGUUUCAGAAAUCAUCACAGUUGGCAGAGUUGCCACAAAAGCCACCACCUGGAGACCUGCCCCCGAAGCCCACAGAACUGGCACCCAAGCCCCAAGUUGGAGACUUGCCACCUAAGCCAGGAGAACUGCCCCCCAAACCACAGCUGGGGGACCUGCCACCCAAACCCCAGCUCUCAGACUUACCUCCCAAACCACAGAUGAAGGACCUGCCCCCCAAACCACAGCUGGGAGACCUGCUAGCAAAAUCCCAGACUGGAGAUGUCUCACCCAAGGCUCAGCAACCCUCAGAGGUCACAUCGAAGUCACACCCAUUGGAUCUGUCCCCAAAUGUGCAGUCCAGAGAUGCCAUCCACAAGCAAGCAUCUGAAGAUUCCAAUGACCUCACGCCUACUCUGCCAGAGACGCCCGUACCACUGCCCAGAAAAAUCAAUACGGGGAAAAAUAAAGUGAGGCGGGUGAAGACUAUUUAUGACUGCCAGGCAGACAAUGACGACGAGCUCACAUUCAUCGAGGGAGAAGUGAUUAUCGUCACAGGGGAAGAGGACCAGGAGUGGUGGAUUGGGCACAUCGAAGGACAGCCUGAAAGGAAGGGGGUCUUUCCAGUGUCCUUUGUUCAUAUCCUAUCCGACUAGCAAAAAGCAGAACCUUAUGAUUGUCCACAUCCUUCAUGCAAGACUGCUGCCUCCAUGUAACCCUGGGCACAGUGUGUAUAUAGCUGCUGUUACAGAGUAAGAAACUCAUGGAAGGGCCACCUCAGGAGGGGGGAUAUAGUGUGUAUUGUAAAUACCCUGUGGUCUUCCGCCUUCGCCAGUAUGAGGGUAGCCUCGGACCUGGUGCACCUUACUGGUUUGCCAAAGCCGUCCUUGGCAUCUAGCACUUACAUCUCUCUAUGCUGUUUUACAAGCAAACAAACGAAAAUAGGAGUAUAGGAACUGCUGGCUUUGCAAAUAGAAGUGGUCUCCAGCAACCGUUGAAAGGCAUAGAAUUGACUCUCUGUUCCUAACAAUGCAGUAUUCUCAAUUGUGUUACUGAAAAUGCAACAUUAGCAAGGAGGUGGGUUCUGUUUUCCAGGUGAAACUUUUAGCUCCAUGACAGACCAGCCUGUAGUUAUCUGUGUACACAGUUUACAGCUACAAAAACCUACUUUGGUAUUUAUUACAGAAAAGUGCUCAGUUAAAUGUAAGUGUUAUUCCUUCAGCAAAAUAUUCACUGACCCAAAACUCUUUGUGGCAUUUUACAAUGCACACAGCCUCAUGCAAGUUUAGACAAAUGGAUUUAUACUGUCUUAUGAGUGCCCGCCCCGAUAUAUUACCUCAUUAUGCAAAAGUAACAUAUCUUUCAUGACUAUUUUGACAAAAGUUUAAAAUACGUAUGAAGUUCAACUUUCAGGAACCAAGGACUGCCAGAAAAUAUUAGCCUCUACAUUAUGCAUGCAUUUAGAAGCUUACCUGAAAUCUGCCUUUUAUAAAGGAAUAGUAUGGAUAAGUGGAACUGUACAUUUUUUAAACUUGAUUGCCAUUAAAGCAGAAAUUAUAAGGUUGCAACAAUAUUUGUUUCAAAUCAUUGGCUUUCUCAAGAGUAUGGAUGGACAUACCGUGUUAUAAAUGCACAUCCCUCAGAUAUGUUGAAGCAUCCAUUGCAUCCAUUUUUAAUUAUUUUCUUAGUUUUGUUCUUGGACAAAUUUAAACUUUUAAGAUUACUCAAGAUGAAGAAUUUAAAAGUCAACCCUUCACACAGUUUCCCUGCUAUAGAAUCCAGGUGCUGAAACCAAACAUUUCUUUUCCCAUGCUCUUUGUUAAACCCCAAUUAUAAUAAGUUGUCCAGUCUUAGGCUCCAUCCACCUUCAAGUCAAUUCAUAACCAAGUUCGAACGCUGCUGUGAAUUGCACUGUGAAAAGCACUCUCCACCUCUCAGUUUUCUUUUCAUCCCAGCCAUGUUUAUCAGAUCCUUAAGAACAUUGUAUUUCAGUCUUUUACAUCAGCCUGAAAUUUGGAGAAGAAUACAAUAGUUGUACUCCACAGUCAGUGAAACUGUUCCCUGAGUCCGAGGCUCAUGUGUCAUUCUGGCACUACAUUUGCUUAAAUUGCUAUUUUGGCAACAGCACAGAAAACUAAUAUUUUUAAGCAGAGAAUCUUGGCAAUGAGUGAGGGAUGUUAAUUUCACAGAAGCACAACUCCCAACCCAACCCUUAGGAAAAGCCCUCUUUGAUUCUUACAGCGCUCAGUGAAUAUUAAUUUAGUUCUGCUUAAGUGGUUGCUAUACAGACUUUGAAUAGCCACUUAAUAAAUAAACCUUGCAUGACAAACCUGCAAAAUAUUUUAUCAGCUGUUAUUGGAAAGUGAUUUUAAGCAAUUGCUUCCUCAGUGUCAGGGCACAUGGGAAUUUCCAUACCAAACUGAGAGUGUGAGGAACCAGUUGACAUGCUGGGGUGUGACUGGCAGCUUUAGCGGCCUCAGUACUGAAGCCACACUGGUGUCAGGACAGAAGUCAGCAUCUGAGGUUGCUCAGUGUCCCAGUCAUUCAUGUACACAUUUUAACUUGCAUUAAAGAGCUAUUCAUUUUUGUGGCCUAGACUAUUUUCACUAAUCUCAAAAUAAACUGGUUUAAAAAAAAAAAAAAAAAAAAACACAAAAGCAGCAUGUCUAAAAUUACAUGGAGUUAGUGUCUAUUCUUUUUCCCCUUUUGCAGCAACCUGCACUGCAUUUUUAAUAUCUUUUUUUUUCUAGUUUUUUUUGUUCGGUUUUGUUUUCCAUCAGGAAUUUGAGUUCUCUCGAACCCAGCUUACUGUGGGACAUAGGAAAACUCGGUAGAAAUACCUUUGAUGAUCUUGUUGAGUUUAAGUCUGAUCUUGAUCUUAAACUCAGCAAGCCACUAUCUGCAAUUUUGUACAUUAUAUAGUAUUUUGGAGAUAUGGAACCUUAUGAAAAAAAAAUAGCAAAUUAGUUCUUUUUCCCCUAGAGGGGAAAGUUAUGUUCUGCAAAUAGUGUGUGUCUUAUUUUACUGUUGAACAGCAAUUGCUAUUUAUUUUUUUAUUGCCUAGAACUUCAACAUGUUGUAUAGGAAUCCUGUAGUGCCACUAGUUAAAUGCCGAAUUCUCAUCUGGAUGUUACCACCAAACAUCAGUACACUUGUCGUUUCACAUGUGUUUAAUGUGACAGUUUUUCAGUACUGUAUGUGUUAAUUUCUACUUUUUUUAAUAUUUAAAAAUUGCUUUUAAAUAAACAUAUUCUCAGUUGAUCCCAAA